AUGAUCGGCUCUCGGUGCCUGGGCCCAGGCGGUUCGGCAGUCAGAUCGAGGGCAGCUCGUGCGCCAUCUAUAGCGGCGGCUGCGAAUCCCUCAGCAGCACCGCUGGCGGAAUGCUCGUAUCGCACAUGGCAGCCACCACAGCUGACACGGACAGCCCCACGGAAGCAGACAUGCACAGUAACAUAUCCGGAUCGUCGUUGCUUCUCGUGUAGCUCUCACAGCAGAAGGAGUCAUGCCGGCUCGCCUGAAGCCAGCGUUGCGGUCGAUCAGCAUGCCACCGAAUCGUCCAUGCAUGACCCCCCAUUCACCUCUGCAAAAGACAAGCGUCUCCGACCUGUUGCUGGGCCUGCACCCGUUGCCACACCUUCUGCCAGCGAUGCUCCGCCGAUAAAGCUGGCCGAUUCAGCGAAAGGCACACCAUUCAACACCGAUACCUCAGCGGACCGUAUCCGAUCAGCUGAGAACCCCCUGGGAACGCCUCUACAUCUACCAGAUAGCUCUCUCGCAACUCGGCUUGCGAUUCGCCACUCGCCUCCAAGAGCUCAUCCCGACAUCCCACCUCAGCUCCUUCUCGAAUUCCUCACCGAGCCCGACGAAGAUGCUUUCCAGCGCAUCAAAGCCCAGCUGCCGCCAAGCUUCCACCGCGUCGAUGCAUACCUUCUACUGCGCCAGAUUGAUCCACAGAGCUUGUCGGCCCUCUCGUACCGCAGCAUCCUCUCCUUGAUCAACCAAGCGGGCAAGGACAAUCUGGGCGCUGUGCUUGCAAUGCUUCUCGAAGACAUCAUUGGACCAGAAACGUCCAAUGCAAAGGGAGGGCCUGGUCUCUUCCAGAUCUUUGCCGGAACCGAAGAGCGCCACCAGCUGCUGAGAGAGCUUCUUGUGCGGUGCAAUCGCAGCGAGCUUCUCAUCCACGAUGGUGCAGCGCUCAACGUGUUCCUGCUCAUGCUUGACGACUUCAUUCAAGUACGCCGCUCCUCAGAAGCCGGCAAUGCAGCAGAUGGCAAAGCUUCCUCUGUCGAAGGAACCCUAGCCUCGAGUGCUGAUGGCUCACAGCUCACCUUACCAGCCACCUUUCCCGUCGGCGAGACACGGAGACUAGUCAAGCUAGCUGUAUCACUACACAGUCCCGAGCUUGCCCCCAUCGUCAAUGCUAUGCAAGCCCAUCUUGUAGCUCGCACGCCCGACUUUCCAACGGCCCGAGAGGGAUCGCAGCUCAUUGCAUAUUAUCUCCAGCCAAGUCUGCGCGACUUUUCAGCUGCCCUCGACGUCGUGCGCUCACUAAGAGAUACCAACGCAGUUGCACAGGAGAUGGUGGAUGACGCUAUUAGCGAUGGAAAGCAAUAUUUGGCCGAACUCGAAGCUCUGUUCUUUUCAGAAACGGAAGAGGUGCAUGAUCGACCUUCUGACGACGAGCUCCAGCAGAUAUGCAUGGAUGUAUCCCUUCGUCAGAUCGGCUUAAAAAGUCUGAUGGCUCAACGACCCCAAGGGGGCGUGCAGUAUCGCAUGGCUUUUGAAAGCCUUCUCGCCAGUUUUCGACUAGACCUGUUGGACUCGUAUCAAUCCCAUCAGAGAUGCGAUCUGCGAUCUCUCCUCUCUGUACCAUUGCGCAGCGUCCGCAGCGUCUUCCUCAAUCUUCUCGGCCAGAACGAUGAGGCAGUGCGCGAAGCUCUCUUUGCGCUUCAGCGAGCUGACCAGCGCCUUGUAGCCAUGCUGCCCAGUCGCGAUCUGCAAGAAUACUGUGAUGCUGCUCUAAACAACAAUGUUUCAUGCUUAGCCUCUGAAGCAUACGCCCUCUUUGUCAAGGCCAAAACUUCGUCACUUUCGACAUCUGGAUUGCCUGCCAACUGCAAGCAUAACCUAGCACGCGACGGAUUGCUCACGAACACAGACACGUUCUUGGCUUUGAUGCGAGAGCUGCUUUCGCACGGUCAGAAGAUCACUGCCAUUGCGAUUCUGCGUUCGCUUCGUAUCCUGCCUUUGACGGACUCUUCAGUGGGUCAGCUCAACUCGCGCUUUAUUGGACAACAAAGAUCGCGACUAGUAUCGUUUCUGGCUGAAGUAGGAUUGGUCGAGGAUGCCUUCGAGCUGUUCCAGCAUUGGAGCCAUCGGCGCUUCGAUCCCGAGUCAAAGUACAACGUCUCUAGUCUGCGCAGAUCCGGCUCGGUUCAGGUGGUCGAUCCGUUGAUCGAACGUCAGAUCCGUCUGAUGCACGAUGCAGACCAUCAAAUCGCGACUUCUUCCGAGUGCCUUGUUGCUCUGGUCCGAAACAUCUGCCGACAACCCCUCGUCAACCUUGCAUCGAGCCCAUCCGGAUCUGGAUCGGAAGCGGAGCAUGCGUCACCUGGAGAAGAUCAGGACAACAGAUCGCGAAUCCCAUCCGACCGACUGAAGAAGGCUAAGUUCGUGACCGACAUCUUCAGGAAGUCUUGCUCACCGUUAGACUGGACGCACUACAAGCUCACUGCAUUGGCACGGGCUUGCUUCAUUGCCAAAGACGUACGUGGUGCUUUUGACGCGCUUGCCAAGAUCAGCUUUCUUCGGUUGCUCCCUGACCAGGUUGACAUUGCGGUCUUGCUUGGUGGUUUGGUCGAGCACAAUGCGGACAGGGCAGUCAACCUCUUCAUUCGGCAUUGCUCUGUGCCUGAGACUAUUGGUACGGAAAAGAAGGGCAAGAACACUGGCAAACAGGGAGCUGCACACACGUCAACGCAGAAACCUCCGCCCGUGCUUGCACCGAUGAAGCCGACCGCUGCACUCACUUCGAUGUUGAUGACGCGGGUGAUCGCCCAGAACCGUACGGACUUGGUGGAUAAGUUGUACACCUUCAGCAAGGCGGUCGGUCUCUCGUCACGUCUCAGUUACGCAUCUUCCAUGCGUGCUGUCGUCUCGCCGGAGGUGUCGCCAAGCAAGGUGGUGCAGACUAUCAAUCGCAUGCUACAGAAUGGAUGGACUGUCGACCCGGGUCUGCUCGAGAAGUUGGCUCAACGGCUUUUCAGCCGAUCAAUGAAGCGUCAGCCUAUCACCGGAACACACGACGCAUCUACAGCGGCACCUGCCAAGGGUAGGCUGUUGCCACCGAAGGAGCGUCUCCACCUCGUUCAGGCUGCAACACACCUCAUGCAGAUUAGCGCACGUGACAAGGAACUGGUGAAUCUUCGCACCGUUCAACGUGCACUCGAUGCGAUUGCUCGUGCUAAGCCAUUGUUCUCCAGUGUUUCUGCUGUCGAAGCAGAACGGGGGGCAGAGAAGGCUUCUGGUGCGUCUUUAGGGGCCGCAAGACAGCGUGGACGAGAGGAGAGGCGACUGCAAUGGAUCACAGCGCUCGACUCAAUCGUGCACAUGCUUCGCUGGACUCGAUUCUUCGACACGGGAGACGAUUAUCGACAGAGUCUACAGCUGUGGAAGUCAAGCAAGGGCAGCAACGGCGAGUUUGUCCCUGCAGAGCUGGAAGAGAUGCUGGAUAACAAAUUUAAGCGCAGAAGACGUCAGCAGACUCGAGCAGAGAUGAGUGCAGUAUCAGCUACAACACUCCCUACUUGGGCGGAGGCUGCUGCUCAAUCUCAGGCUGCGAAGACAAUAUCUGAUUCUGGUGGGAACGCUGCGCUGACACAAACGGAUGGUGUGGUGCAGCAAGUAUCUAGAAGCUCUCCUAAUGUGUUGCCUGCCGACUUGUACCGUCGACUCAUCGAGACGUACUUGGCGAUUGGUGAUGCAUGUGGAGCUGCUGAAGUGGCUUCAUGGAUGCGAGACGAGGCUAAGGUGGAUAUGGCUCGCACAUCCGCAGAGGCCUCUGAGUUUGUCGAUCGCAUCAAAGCGGCAGUCUUGGAACGCAAGGCGUUCGCACCCUUUUCUUUUGCAACGAAGCAGCAGCAGGAACAUUAUACAGCUGAUGCUGGAUCGACCAAGUUUACGGCUGAGCCAGCCGCUGUCGAAUCUGACGUCGAAGGUAGCAUGAUCUUGCGGAUGUUGGCUGGUCAGCAAAGCACAGAACGUACGAAGCUCUGGUGGACGCCCUGA